UGACUGUGGGGUUAAAGAUCAAACCCGGAAACGGAAAUGUAGAGUUUUUGUAUUUUGAACUCUCUUUGGGAAUAGAGAAGGGAGAGUAACGGGUGUGCGGUAAAAAUGUCUUCUACGUGUGACUUUGUUGUGCUCCACACUGGGCAGAAGAUGCCUCUUAUAGGACUGGGCACCUGGAAAAGUGAACCCGGCCAGGUGAAGGAGGCAGUGAAGUAUGCUCUCAGUGCAGGUUAUCGUCACGUUGACUGUGCUAUAGUUUACAGCAAUGAAGCAGAGAUAGGAGAAGCCUUCCAGGAGAGCGUUGGGCCAGAUAAGCCUGUUAAGAGGGAGGAGCUAUUUGUGACAUCAAAACUAUGGAAUACCAAGCACCACCCAGAAGAUGUGGAGCCAGCCUUAAAGAAAUCUCUGAAAGAUCUGAAACUGGAUUACCUGGAUCUGUAUCUCAUGCACUGGCCACAUGCCUUCGAACGAGGAGAUACUCUUUUCCCAAAGAACCCUGAUGGCAUGAUGCGUUUUGACUACACCGACUACAAGGAAACUUGGAAGGCUAUGGAGAAGCUGGUGGAGAAAGGUCUGGUGAAGGCCAUUGGACUGUCCAACUUCAACAGCCGUCAGAUUGAUGACAUCCUCAACAUGGCUGCUAUCAAACCAGCUGUACUACAGGUGGAAUGUCAUCCCUACCUUGCUCAGAAUGAGCUAAUAGCUCAUUGUAAUAAGCAAGGGCUGGUAGUAACAGCAUACAGUCCCCUUGGCUCUCCUGAUCGAAUGUGGAAGCACCCCGAUGAACCAGUACUUCUAGAAGAAUCUGGGAUCAAAAAACUGGCAGAAAAGUAUGGCAAAUCACCUGCUCAAAUCCUCCUCAGGUGGCAAGUACAGCGUAAGGUUGUUUCCAUUCCCAAGAGUGUCACUCCGGCCCGCAUUCUGCAAAAUCUCCAGGUGUUUGACUUUAAUCUCACAGGAGAAGAGAUGGAUCACAUUGGAACCCUGAAUAAAAACUGGCGAUACAUUGUGCCAGUGGUUACAGUGAAUGGAAAACUAGUAGCAAGAGAUGCUGGACACCCCCUUUAUCCUUUCAAUGACCCCUAUUAACUACAGUAGAUUGGGUAUUAGAAUAGGACUCCGUGCACUCGUUCCUCAAGUAAAAAGAACAGGAGUACUUGUGGCCCCUUAGAGACUCAAAUAAAUUC